AAUACAAGUAUAUUAUAAUCACUCCGCGAUAAAUCUAGAAAAAGAGGCAUGGGAAGAGACUGGCAAUUGCCGCUAAAAGCGGACACCCGCUGAAUUUUGCAGAUAUAAAUUCUGCAAAUUCCAUUCGCCAUUGCUAGAUCCCAAGAAAAACACUCACACUACUUUACGGCUCAAUAUUUUUAUUUCAGAUUUUUGUUCUUUUCUGUCUCAAUUUGCUUUAAUUUACUAGAAAAUUUCGUAAAUUUAUGUGGGUAGUCGACCAUUUCUUCACAGUAGUUUAGUUUGUUGAGAUUUCGUGCAAUGCCGUGGUGAUUCAUCAGAUCUAGCUUAGAUUCCUUAUUUUUUUUCCUCUCAUUAAGGUUUUCCUGAUUUCGUUUAGAGAGAGAAAAAUCCUUAUCCGUUUGCUCUGGAUUUAGGGCUUUACAUUUUCCGUUUCGUUUUGUGUAAUUAUUGAGUGGAUAUGCCGAUUUGUAAAUCUGUUUAAGGAAUUACAUUUUGGUAUAGAUGGGUUGCUUUCCUUGCCUAAGAUGUCGUUCUAAAGAUGUUAAAAAUUGCGAUGGCGAUUUGGAUUCCAAUGAGUUUCCAGAUAAUGGGAAGGGAAGAAGAACGUAUAACGACGUUAGUGAUGGGAAAUGUGUGGAUUCAAUGAGAGGAAAAGGUCAAGCGUGGUGUGGUCAGAGGGCUAAUGUGGCAAGAAGCUUUACAUUUCGUGAGCUUGCUGCAUCUACACAGAACUUCAGGGUUGCUAAUUUGAUUGGUGAAGGUGGAUUUGGAAGUGUUUACAAGGGUCGAUUAGAAUCAGGGAAGAUAGUUGCCAUAAAACAGCUGAACUUGAAUGGGCUUCAAGGGAAUCAGGAAUUUAUUGUGGAGGUUCUUAUGUUGAGUCUUCUUCGCCAUUCAAAUCUUGUCACAUUGAUUGGUUAUUGCACAGAUGGAGAUCAGAGACUUCUGGUGUAUGAGUACAUGCCUUUGGGUAGCCUGGAAAAUCAUCUUUUUGAUUUAGAGUCUCAUCAAGAGCCAUUGGAUUGGCACACGCGACUAAAGAUUGCAGUAGGUGCAGCACGUGGUCUAGAAUACCUCCAUUGCAAAGCAAAUCCACCUGUAAUUUAUCGCGAUUUAAAAUCAUCAAACAUUUUGUUGGAUAAUGAUUUCAAUACAAAGCUUUCAGAUUUUGGGCUUGCUAAAUUGGGCCCAGUAGGUGACAACACACACGUGUCUACCCGUGUUAUGGGCACCUAUGGCUAUUGUGCGCCUGAUUAUGCAAUGAGUGGUAGACUUACCCUAAAGUCUGAUAUAUACAGCUUUGGUGUUGUGCUUUUGGAGCUUAUUACUGGGCGUAAAGCAAUUGAUAUGACUAAAAAAUCUGGAGAACAGAAUUUGGUUUCAUGGUCACGCCCAUUCUUAAAAGACCGAAAAAAAUUCGUUCAAUUAGCGGAUCCAUUACUCCAAGGCCACUUUCCCGCCCGUUGUAUGCACCACGCGGUGGCCAUAAUCGCAAUGUGUCUUCAAGAACAAGCAAAUUUCCGGCCAUUAAUCGGUGACAUAGUGGUUGCUCUAGAGUAUUUGGCUUCUCAAGCUGAGACACCCGAAAACCCUAAAAGCCCAACCACCACCUCCCGCCCACCUGCCGCCUCUCGCCGCCCAUCACCCUCAAAAGCUUCAAAAACACCGACUUUGUGAUAGUCACCCAAAGAUUCUUUAAAAGGAAUGGGAUUGUGUUAUUCGAAGAGGUUAAGACCACAAGAUUUAAUGAAGAUGAUGGGAUGAUUGGUUUAUUGUGAAGCAUAAGGUAUGAUACUUUUGCAAGGAUGUGUAUAAUGUCAACUUUGAUGUCUCAAGUGGAAUCAUAUAUUUUAUAAGUGCACAUAUCUCAUUAGUUAAAAGGGAAUUUGAUCAAGCUGUGGAUAAAGUUUAGGUUCCUCUCCACCUUUGAAGUGAAAUUUAUGACAGUUUCAAUGUAAUAUGUAAUUAUAGUUUAAAUUUUGAUUAAAAUAUUGAAUAUAAUUGUGAAUUUGCAU